AUGGCGUCUCAAUCAAGUCCGACGUUCUACCAAUCGCUUGCGGCGGGUGGUCUUGCAGGAACGUCCGUCGACCUGCUCUUCUUCCCAAUUGACACGAUCAAGACGCGCCUGCAGGCGUCGCAAGGCUUUAUCCAUGCAGGCGGGUUCAAUGGCAUAUACAAGGGCAUAGGGAGUGUGGUUGUCGGCAGUGCGCCCGGAGCGGCCGUCUUUUUCUGCACGUACGACUCGUUGAAGCGGACGCUUCCCUUCUCGCCGGACCUCGCGCCCGUCACUCAUAUGGUGUCAGCAUCCGUUGGCGAAGUUGCUGCCUGCCUCAUACGCGUACCGACUGAGGUGAUCAAGACGCGUAUGCAGACCUCGACGUACGGCAACAUGGCCAGCUCGUCAUUUGCCGGUGCUAAGCGAUUGCUCAAGGAUGAAGGCAUCCGUGGGUUUUAUAGAGGUUUUGGGACUACCGUGAUGCGAGAGAUUCCAUUUACCUCCCUCCAAUUCCCCCUUUAUGAAUUUCUGAAGAAAAAACUGUCUCAGGCUCUAGGUGGAAGACCACUACAUGCGUAUGAAGCCGCACUAUGCGGCAGCUUCUCUGGCGGAGUCGCAGCGGCUCUUACUACGCCAUUGGAUGUGCUUAAAACGCGAGUUAUGCUCGACAUGAGAGAUACGUCAAAACAUGCUAUGCCCUCUUUGUCUGCCCGAUUCAAACAAAUAUACGUAUCGGAAGGAAUUCACGCCCUAUUUGCCGGUGUCGUGCCACGGACACUCUGGAUAUCCGCGGGAGGGGCCGUAUUUCUAGGUGUGUACGAAUGGGCUGUCAGCAGCGUCGCGAGUAUAUAG